ACAAAAACAAAAGGGAAACAAAGAGAGAAAAAAAAGACCAAGUGAAGCAACACGCGGCGCAGCGAACGGUUCGUGAAUUCGUUGCUCAUAAAACUUAGAAACUACGACAGCAACAACAAAUCUCUUCGUCUUCUUCCUCCAAAACCCAAUUCAUCUUUUUGCAAAAACCCCGAAAAAAGUGUCCUCAUUAUGCAAAUUGGGCUUUUCUAAAAUUGGAAAGAGAGAGAGAGAGGAGAAAGGAUAUAGAGUAUCAAAAACUUAAUUGCUUGCCAAAUUAAUGCUUUGGGUAUAGGAUAUUGUGGGUAUCACUCCCAUAUUUUCUUCAUUAUUUUCUCCUAUUAAAGUGUUAUAUAUAGAUAUAGAGAUAUUUGGAGAGAGAAUAGAAAAAAACCCAUUAGAUUUUUUUUCUUUUAUCUUUUGAGCUUGCUUUUGAGUUUCCAUUGAUCUUUGAUUCUGAGACAUGGGUUCUAAAGAUCGGAGGAACUAUUCUAAUAUACAGUGUUUCCUUGAUGCAACUACGCCAUUUGUGGCUUCUCAAUCUCUAACAAAGACAUCAAUUAAAGAUCCAAACAGCUUAUGGCAACCAAUUGGCAAAGAAACAGUUGAUUGCUUCACCCUUGGAGACAUCUGGGACCAAUAUUAUCAAUGGAGCGCCUAUGGCCUUGGCGUUCCAAUCCAUCUCCCUAAUGGCGAAACUGUAGUUCAAUAUUACGUACCUCACCUCUCGGCCAUCCAAAUUUACACUAGCAAACCCCCCCUAUCUAGGAAUGUCGUAGAAGAUAGCGAGAGUGAUUCUUGGAGCGAUGAUAGUGAGAGCGAGAAGCUCUCAAAGUCUUGGGAUGCUGCAUCUGAGGAUUCGGGCUUUGAACAAGAUGGUAUAUGGCCAGCAAAGGAUCGAAUUGGGCAACUCUAUUUGCAAUAUGUUGAACGUUGUCCUCCUUAUGGAAGGAUACCACUCAUGGAAAAGAUAAAUGAAUUGGCUCAAAAUUACCCGGGUUUGACAUCUUUUAAGAGCGCGGAGCUUUCCCCUGCAAGUUGGAUGUCAAUUUCGUGGUACCCUAUUUAUCACAUUCCAGCUAAGAGAAAUGUGAAGGAAUUAUCUGCUUCUUUUCUGACUUUUCAUACUAUAUCGUCAUCCUACCAAGAGCAAUUGCCAGAGGACACCGGAAAUGACACAAAAUCUGCAGUCAUAGAAAGAAACAACAGACAUAAGGACAUCAACCGUAUCUCUCUUCCUUCUUUUGGCCUAGCCACUUACAAAAUGCACGGAACAUUUUGGAUGAACCCUGAGAUGGGCGACGAAGAAAGGCUCGUCUCUCUCUACAGUGCCGCUGACUCUUGGCUAAAGCAACUCAGAGUCCACCACCAUGACUUCCACUUCUUCUCAACUCAUUCCUCAAUGUGAACAUAAACCAUAACCAGACUUAUUUGCCCUUCAGACUUUGGAUAGCUUAAGAAGCUAGAUUUUGGCCUGAUUAGCUUUAAGUUAUGGUCUUUCUAACAUUGUGGUGCUUUUAUUCCAUGUAGAGUUGUUUGAGUAUUAAAACAUGAGUUUUCUUCUAAUCCUUUGGCUACAAACAUUCUCUUGGGUUGAUGUGUAUUUGAGAUUUGUAGCCUUGGUUGAGUGUUUGUGGUAUUUUAACAUUCUGGUGCUUUUGGUUUUAUGUAGAGUUCAAUGUCCAUUGAAACAAAAAUUUCUUCUAAUCCUUGGCUCUAAAUAUUCUCUUGGGUUGACUUGUAUA